AUGGAGAACAGCUUCUUUAUGAAUGUGAACGAUCAAGUGAGAGAGGUGUGCAGCCAACUUGCAAAGGACCCUCACCUGAAAGGAGGCUACAACGCAAUGGGCUUCUCCCAAGGAGGCCAGUUCCUGAGGGCAGUGGCCCAGAGGUGUCCUUCUCCUCCCAUGCUCAAUUUGAUCUCCAUUGGGGGACAGCACCAAGGUGUGUACGGCUUUCCACGCUGUCCUGGUGAGAGCUCCCAUAUCUGUGACUGGAUCCGAAAGACGCUGGAUCUUGGCGCCUACACACAAGCUGUUCAAGAGCACUUGGUACAAGCAGAGUAUUGGCAUGACCCUCUGAAGGAGGACGACUAUAGGAAAAACAGUAUCUUUUUGGCUGAUAUAAAUCAGGAGAGGGUAAGGACCUGGCUGAUGGCUAAAUGGUUUUCCAGUGACUUGGAUCUGUUCUCUAUUGCUUUCAUCCAGGGCAUCAACGAGACGUACAAGAAAAACCUGAUGGCUCUGAAAAAGUUUGUGAUGGUGAAAUUUCUCAAUGAUACCAUGGUCGACCCUCCGAUCUCUGAGUGGUUUGGGUUUUACAAAAGUGGCCAAGCCAAGGAGACCAUCCCGCUGAAGGAGACCUUGCUGUACAAAGAGGAUCGCCUGGGGCUGCAGGAGAUGGACAAAGCGGGAAAGCUGGUGUUCCUGGGGGUGAAAGGGGAUCACCUGCACUUCUCAGAAGAAUGGUUUUACACCACUAUCCUCCCCUUCCUCCAGUGA